GUGAAUUCCUAGAUGACAGGUGAGCAGUACAUAAAAAUGGCAAUCAUAUGAGGUUAUUGAAGUGUACCUGAUAGAAAUGUACAACACUGGUAUCUAGAACAGGCGCAUGCCUGAUUGGGAAAGAGCUAGACCAGCAACUGAAGUUUCCCCUAACGAGACUGCACACAUGAAUGACACACCUUUGGAAUAACAAAAGCCAAACAUGCUGACCACCACUACAGGAAAAUUGAUAGGUAAGCAAACUAGGAAAAAUAGAUAGGUAUACAAAAUAGCAUAUCCUGAUCCGCUUUAAACUCCUGAUAACUAGUCUUUUCCCUGGAAUUAUUGACACUUGCAGACCCCUGCCUCUUUUUAUAGGAAGCCAGAGGACUGCUACCACAAUAGCACAAACCUUGAGCAAACCUCUAUUGCGCUACUCCCAACAAAGAAAGAGAUGGAGAGAGCACCUGAAGCGGAAGAACAGAAGUUAGCUAACCAAGUUGAUGAAGCUGGCCAUGCCGAGGAUAACACCUCCACACUAUGGCUAAGGCUGGGCCUUGAUGCACUGAGAAGUGAAGAAUCUAAGCCUCGGGAGGCCAAAACUGUGGCCACCCCUCAAAGGACAUUCUCUUGCAACUACUGCAUGAGGAAGUUCUUCAGCUCGCAGGCCCUUGGUGGGCACCAGAAUGCACACAAGAGGGAGAGGUGUGCAGCGAGGAAGUCUCACAGCUUUAAGCAACUGAUGAUGUGCUUUCCUCCUACUGCUUCCUUUAUCCAGCCUAUGAGGGUUAACCCCCACUCCACAAUUCUGACAGCACAAGAUGAAAGAACCGCUGCUGUUGUUGCAAAAUUUCAUGAAGGCCAAAUGAGAAGCUCGAUGCCUUUUGCAGCUGAAGGAGGUGGCGGAUUAGCAUGGCCAGGGAGCUUCAAAGGACGACCUCAGGAACCCAUAAAGCAACCGGAGCAAAAUAUUGACUUGAGCCUGCGUUUGUAAUCUGUAAUCUACAAUUAUUUGUAUAAAAUAUUUUCUUGGAAGUCACUACUUUUCAUCAGUUUUUUAGGUCAGGGAAUAAGA